CCGACCCGAUGGAAGUCAACAGAUUUGAGAAGGACGUGAAACGAACCAACACCGGGUUCCUGGCGAUAGCAACAGAGGUGGAGAAUGAUGGAGAAAAAGCCUCGGAACCUCCAGAAAAAAUCAAGGACUUACUUAAGGAGUUCCAAGACAUUCUUCCCGACGACCUCCCGGACGAGCUACCGCCAUACCGAACGCACCAACACGAGAUCGUGGAGGAACCAGGUUUGAAGCCGACCUUCCGAGCACCAUAUCGGCCAAGCCCCACAGAACUAGCCGACAUGAAGAAACAGAUCGAGUAUCUCCUCGCCAAAGGACUCAUCCGACCAUCCACUUCGCCAUACGGUGCCCCAGUACUCUUCACACCGAAACCGGACGGAAGCCUGCGCAUGUGCAUUGACUACCGGGCUCUCAACAAGCAGACUAUCAAGAAUAAGUACCCGAUUCUACGAAUCGAUGAUCUGCUUGACCAGCUUCAGGGAGCCACGGUAUUUUCAAAACUAGAUCUGCGGUCCGGAUACUGGCAGAUACAAAUGGCGGACGAUAUCGUUCACAAAACUACCUUCCGAACUCGGUACGGAUCGUACGAGUAUCUGGUGAUACCGUUCGGACUCACCAACGCACCUGCAACAUUCCAAGCAAAGAUGAAUCAUAUCCUACGCCCUCUCUUGGACGAAUGUGUGGUGGUGUACCUGGACGACAUCCUCAUCUACUCUCGCGACAUGCAACAAUACGUCGAACACUUACGACGCGUCUUCGAGAUUCUUCGACGAGAACGCUUCUACGUCAAACUAUCCAAGAGCAAUUUCGCCCUCGAGAAAGUCCAAUUUCUCGGACAUAUCGUAAGCGCUCAAGGAGUUCACGUUGACCCCAAGAGAAUCGAAGCCAAAAGCAACAUCUGCUACAGUGGGACAACAACAUCGCGUACCGGAAAGGAUCAACGAAAACCUGGGUACCUACUUACCCUCCAUUGCGCCAGUUACUACUCGAAGAAUACCACGACGUCCUAUACGCAGGACACUUCGGUAGCAACAAGACGCUCAUCGGUAUCGCCAAGGACUACUACUGGCCCUACUUGGCGGGAGUAUGUUCAGAAAUUCGUCACCUCGUGUGAUACAUGUCAGCGGAUGAAGAGCAGCAAGCAGAAGAAGGAAGGACUGCUACAAACUCUUCCUGUCCCAGAACAACCAUGGCAAGUGGUUAGCCUGGAUUUCAUCACCGGGUUACCACCUACCACCGGUAGUCAUGACGCAAUCCUUGUCGUCAUCGACAAGUUCUCCAAAAUGGGACACUUUAUUCCGACACACACGACAGCAUGCACCGAAGAAACAACACAACUCUUCAUACGCUACAUCAUCUCACAACAUGGCAUUCCUACCACACUCAUCUCCGACCGAGACCCCAAAUUCAGUAGCAAGUUCUGGAAGGAACUUAUGUCUCUGCUCGGGACCAAACUCGCCAUGUCAUCCGCCUACCAUCCACAGACAGAUGGACAUACCGAGCGCCUCAACCAAAUUGUGGAGCAACUCCUCCGCGCAGCCUGCAAGGACGACAUCUCCAAAUGGGACUUGCACCUACCUGUCGUGGAGUUUGCAUACAACAAUGCCACUCACGCCGCUACUGGACAGACGCCGUUCUUCCUCUGUUACGGACGCCACCCACUCACACCUCAAUAGCCAAACAUACCAGCCACUGUCCAACCCA